UUGAUGGGCGGGGAUCCCCUGGCAGGCAACUCUCUCAGCUGCCGCCUCUCCCCGCUCCCGUGCCUAGGAGGUGACUUCUUGGCCGCGCGCAGUUCAGCCUGGCCCGGACCCCGCCCCGGUCCUCAGCGCCAACAGCAGCCACCUUUGCUAUUGCUGUCCGAGGCCCACUUGGGCUGGAGAAGGGAGCUACUGCCUCCUACGCGGGAAGUGGCGGUGGCGAUCGAAGCUUUUCCCUUUGUCCAGUUCUCUCUCUAAUCUUGGGGUGCCAUGCUUCGCUGGGCACGGGGCUUCGUGCUGCCCGUGGCGGCCUGCCAGGAGAACGAUAGCUGCAGACUCUAUGCAAAGCUUUUCCAGGAUUUGGACCGCAACGGGGAUGGAAAAGUGGACAUCAAAGAGCUGCAGGAGGGCCUCCAGAAAAUGGGCAUCCCUCUAGGCCGAGACGCGGAAGAGAAAAUUUUCAGAGCUGGCGAUACCAAUCGUGAUGAUCAGCUGGACUUUGAAGAAUUUACGAAGUACCUUAGAGAUCAUGAGAAAAAGAUGAAGUUGGCAUUUAAGAGCCUGGAUAAGAAUAAUGAUGGACAAAUUGAAGCUUCAGAAGUUGUCCAGGCUCUGAACACCCUAGGCAUAGAUAUUUCUGAACGACAGGCAAAGAAGAUUCUUCAAAGCAUUGAUGUUGAUGGGACAAUGACAGUUGACUGGAAUGAAUGGCGGCAACACUUUUUUUUUAAUCCUGCUGAAAACAUUGAGCAAAUUGUUUACUUCUGGAAACAUUCGGGCAUUGAUAUAGGAGAUAGCAUUACAAUUCCAGAUGAAUUCACAGAGGAAGAAAAGAAAUCUGGUCAGUGGUGGAGACAGCUCUUGGCAGGAGGGAUCGCUGGGGCUGUCUCAAGAACUAGCACGGCACCUUUAGAUCGAAUGAAGGUCAUGAUGCAGGUUCAUGGUUCAAAGUCAAACAAAAUGAGCAUAGUUGGUGGAUUUAAGCAGAUGGUGAAAGAAGGAGGCAUCCAGUCCCUUUGGAGAGGAAAUGGUGUGAAUGUUAUGAAAAUUGCUCCUGAAUCAGCUAUUAAGUUCUGGGCAUAUGAAAAGUAUAAGAAGCUGCUGACUGAUGAAGGUGCCAAAAUUGGACUAGUCGAGAGAUUUGUUUCUGGUUCUUUGGCAGGAGCAACAGCACAGACCUUCAUUUACCCUAUGGAGGUUCUAAAGACCAGGUUGGCUGUGGGCAAAACUGGUCAAUACUCAGGGAUGUUUGACUGUGCCAAGAAGAUCUUGAAGCAUGAAGGCAUGGGAGCUUUUUACAAAGGCUACGUCCCUAACUUCCUUGGUAUCCUCCCCUAUGCAGGAAUAGACCUUGCUGUUUAUGAGCUGUUGAAGAAUAACUGGCUAGAGCAUUUUGCAGAAGACUCCGUAAACCCUGGGGUUUUGGUGCUGCUGGCAUGUGGUACCAUGUCAAGUACAUGUGGUCAGUUGGCCAGCUAUCCCCUUGCUCUUAUCAGGACUCGCAUGCAGGCUCAAGCCAUGGUGGAAGGAGCACCCCAGCUAAAUAUGAUUGGCCUCUUUAAGAAAAUAGUUACCAAAGAAGGAAUCCUCGGACUUUACAGGGGCAUCCUGCCUAACUUCAUGAAAGUGCUGCCUGCAGUGAGCAUCAGCUAUGUGGUGUAUGAGAAAAUGAAGCAAAACUUGGGAAUAGCCCCAAAAUGAAGGGUGAACUCUUGGCACGAGCCUCAUUGCAUGAGAGCAUGACAGAAUCUGCGUGUCCCUCAUCACUUAAAGUUGCCAAAAGUCUUUGGGAAGAGAUGCUGCAUCAUGGCCCCAGCGAGUGUGACAUAUCAAAUAGCAUGUUAAGCAUCUUAGCUUAAUUUUACAUAUGUGAAAAUGUAAUGAUGAAAUUAUAGUUUUGUUAAAUUUUUUACAUGUCAAAACUUUUGAUAUUCCCAGAGCUCUACUUGCCUUUCCAAUUGGACUCCUUUUGCUCCUGACAUCAGGUCUAAAAAAACAAUCAUUUAAAUAGUUUGAAACACUAUUGAAGAGAAAUUUAUUUUCAAGAGUAAAAUUUUAAAAAUUCACUUUUUGGUCAAUUAGAGCAAUUUAUGUUAUCUUUUGUAUUUUAAUUCCUUUGAGAAACUCACAUGCUGAGUUUACACUUCUGGUCUAUUGUGAAGGUUUUCUGCAACCAUUAUGAAAAAACCAGUGCAUUUAAGCUAGAUGAUAAUAACUAAGCAAGUAGAGUUCUUUUUCUUUAAGCAAAAUGAAAGGAUGAGGGAAGAGUUGUCAUGGUAUGAGAAUACCUCCGUUUCUUAUCAUUAUGAUGUCUUGAAGAAUGAUAAAACUAUGUCAUUUCAUUGGUUAGUUACUGUUUGGCUUUAUUUGUAGAUGUUAUGUUCAUAGCUCUUUUUGGUUCUGAUUACUGAAUUUGGAAAGGAAAUCACCAGUAUGAACAAAUUUGCUUAAUAAUCAAGGAAAAUUCAGUGGGAGCAUCCUCUGAAUCCUUCAAUUCUACCUUUCAAUUAUAUUCUGGAAUAGAACCAUUUCCCUUUAGUACAGUUUCUUUGCUCUUACUCCUCUCACCUUGUGUAGUUUGAGGGAGGAAACAAUGCAUUUUUUGAUAUUUCUUCAAAGUUUAUGAAUGCUUUAAUCAAAGCUACCUUGUUAAUGUUGGUAGCAUGAGUUUCAGCAUCCUGAUUUUAUAGAAGUAAUUUGUCCAAAGGAACAGAGGGAGUAAAUAGCAGACCUGGGACUUGAUGCCAGGCUGCCUCAUACCAGGCAGUCAUUGACAGGAACUGUGCUAAGCUCUGGUUAUUCAAAGGGGGCAUACAUUCUAAUGGAAAGGUGAUGUAUCAACAAUUAGAUACACAAAAGGAUAUCCGGUGUAGAUAGAAGACAAAUAGAGACACCAGCAGAUGCGAUUGGAAAAAGAGUGUUCUUUCCACUCCAUUCCCCAGAAUGAGCCAAGGUAGUUUUCUGCAUGCCAAGUAAAAUUAUCCAUAUGUCAAGAGCACCAGGUGUACUUGGCAGCUGAUUCCAAUUCUAGGUGUAUUUCAGUGGAACGUGGACGAUUAACUGUAUGGAGAGAUACCCUGGAGCUGCUGCAACAGCAGCCCACAUCUGGGCUCUGGGACCUAGUGUAAAAAUUCAUGCAUUUUGUCUCCACGCCAUUCAAUUGCCUGAAAGGAAGAAGUCUUAUUUCCAGCAUGGAUUUUAGGAUCUGAAUUGUUUAAUAUGUGUGCAGCCAACAGCAAAGCAUUAAUUUACAAAAUGAUUGCUAUUUGAAGAAUGCUUUAAGGCAUAAAAUAUCUGAAUUAUAACAUCACUGACCCAAAUUUGUGUCUAUAAAGCAUUUGGUUUUCUGGUCAGGUCAUUUUUUUCCUUUCUGAAAUGUUUGAAUAAGAUUUAGAAAUACUUGUUAGAUGCUCAUAAAUCAGCUCCCAAAAUUCAUAAAUAAUAAGUUGGAAGAUUCCUGGUAGUGAGCCUUUUUUUUUUGGGUAAUAAAGCACCCAGAGACAUGAAAAAUCAAGUGCUUAUUUUAACUACUGUUUGCUUUUCCUUAGUCUACCUCCUGUGUUUUCUGAACCAAAGAGCAACAAGGCACUUGACUUGUACUGAAUGCUUGGGAAAUUUAAUUUGAAAAGAUUUUUGUGCAAAAUUAUUCCUGUCAUAUGUUUCCAUGUUUAUAAUCUAUACAAGGAGUAUAGAAUGCAGGUAUUUUUGGUACUUUGGAAUAAGUCCUAAAUGGCUCAGCAAGAUAUACAUUUCAGGCUUUAUUCAUUAAACAGGAGAACUCAUCACUUUGCUAACUUGGAGGUUUCCAGCUGCUGAAAAAGGGAAACUGUUCAGCUGUCACAAUUUGCCUCUAUAGAGAUUUGAAGCGUGUAAGGAAUGAAAGCGAUUUAUAUGUGCUUUGUCUGUCUCUUGAAAACAUCUGUUUACUUUUAUAAAGCUGGAAUUUUUAAGAUAGCUUCUUUCUGGCACAGAAUCAUGUAUUUAUAUUAAAACAACGAGAAAAAACACUUUUGUUUUCAAACAAA